UUUUUUCUCUAUGGUUGCACAUUGUUUUGUUAAUUUCUCAUUCAAUUUUCAAAAUUACCUUCAAAUAAUUUUAGGCCGAGUGCUUGACGCCGGUUUUUGUGAAUUAUUUAAAUUUAUAAAAGUUAAGUAAUAAAUGUACGAUAUCAUUUGUUAGUAUAUAAAAUUUAAUACCACUAUGUUUCUACGAAUUUUUGUAUUAUGUUUAGUAGUGGGACUUGUAUACAGCAGUAGACAAUUCCGUUUAGGUCGAAGUAGGGACGGUAAUCUUGGUAGCCCUGGAGAUUAUGCCGGCGAAAAGCUUCCUGAAGAACGUUGGAUGGAGCAAAAAUUAGACCAUUUUUCACCAACAGACCUCAGGACUUGGAAGCAAAGAUAUUUUAUAAAUGAUACCUUUUUUGAUUAUGAAAAUCCUGGUCCUAUAUUCAUCAUGAUCGGAGGCGAAGGCCCUCUUGAUGCAAGAUGGAUGGUCAAAGGUGCUUGGAUUGAAUAUGCUCAGAAAUUUAAAGCAAUGUGUCUCUCUUUAGAGCACAGGUAUUAUGGAAAAAGCCAUCCUACUGAAGAUUUAAGUACCAAGAACUUGCAGUAUUUGUCAUCUCAUCAGGCUUUAGCAGAUUUGGCAAAUUUUAUAAGUACCAAAACUAAUGACUUCAAGUUGGUAAAAGAAGUAAAAUGGAUUGCCUUUGGUGGCUCUUAUCCAGGUUCCCUGGCAGCCUGGUUGAGAAUGAAGUACCCACAUUUAGUACACGGGGCUAUAUCUUCAAGUGGGCCAUUAUUGGCUAAACUUAACUUCAUGGAAUAUUUCCAGGUAGUUGUGCAUGCCUUGAGCGAAAAGACACAAAGUGAUGAGUGUGUGAAUCAGGUUAAAGCUGCCCACAAACAAGUGGCCACACUCUUCAAGUCCAAUCCAACAAUAAUUGAGAAAGAAUUCAGGGUCUGCAAACCUUUCUCUCAAGCAAGUGAUAAGGACAAACGUAACUUCUUCAAUGCGAUCGCAGACGACUUUGCAGGCCUUGUGCAGUACAAUGAAGAUAACAGGAUCGGGGCUAAUGAAACAUACAAAAACCUUACGAUUAACACUGUAUGCCAGAUGUUAACCGCUGAUGGCGGACGCCCAGCCUACAAGAAAUUGGCUGCAUUCCACUCUAUUAUGUUGGAUAAGACCAAAGAGCCAUGCUUAGAUUAUUCAUAUAAAAGCAUGAUAGAUGAAAUGUCCAAUACUCGAUGGAGCAACGAUAGCGGUCGCCAGUGGUUCUACCAAACCUGCACAGAGUUUGGUUUCUACCAAACUUCGUCGGCGGAUGUGGCCGAGGUGUUUGGCAAUCAGUUCACAUUGGACUUUUUCACCCAGCAGUGUCAAGACGUUUUUGGACCAAAAUUCAACGAAAACUUCAUCGAAGACGCCACUGUAUUCACGAAUACCGACUACGGAGCGCUGGAUAUCGACGCGAGCCGAGUGGUGUACGUGCACGGCACGGUCGACCCCUGGCACGCUCUCGGCAUCACCAAGACUAGGGACCAAUAUGCCCCAGCCAUAUUGAUCAAAGGUACUGCUCACUGCGCUAACAUGUACCCUUCAAGUGAUAGUGACCUCUUGGAGUUGAAACGAGCUCGUCUUGAUAUUCAACAAUUCAUCAGUGUGUGGCUCGACAUGCCUUAGUAAUGUCCAUUUGUAUAAUAUAUAUGUAAUUAUAUUUUUAAGUUAGCGGUUUAUAGUGUUUGCCCAUUAAAUAUAGGGUCGGUGAGA